AACACACACACACACACACACACACACACACACUGCACUUCUGCUCUCCCAACUCAACCUAUUCUACCCAGAUUUGCACCGUCGUAAUUGCUGCCUAUUAUAUAAGUCAUGCACGCGGCAAAGAGUUGUUGGGCCGGACAAGUAUUUGCCACCGCUUCCAACAAUGACUCGGCGGGGAAAAAGUCGAGGAUUCGAAAGUCGAAAGAGGAGAGGAAAUCGAUGGUUGAAUCUUUCAUUAAUAAAUAUCAGAAAUCGAAUAACGGGAAUUUUCCAUCCCUCAACCUGACCCACAAAGAAGUCGGUGGCUCGUUCUACACCGUACGAGAAAUCGUUCGAGAGAUAAUUCAAGAAAAUAGAGUGUUGGCUCCACCUAAAUUGUCUCUAGAAGAAAACGGCCAUUCCGGAUUCCUCGAACAACACCCUCUUGGAUCUAUUUCUAUAGAACCUCAAAUCGAUUUGUCGGCAUCGGAUAUAAUUCAUAUGGCUACACACACUAUGCCAAAUAGUUAUCAAAUUACAAGUGAAGAAUACAUUUCUAAGUCGAGCGUGCAGUACAAUGGGUCGUACAAUAUGGAAGUGAACGAUGAAGAAAUCAUUAAAGAAGUUGGCCAAGAUGUCGUAACAAAUGUCGACCAUCAAGAAAAUAGUGACGUCAUUCUUCAGUAUGAGCAAUCUCACAAAGAAAACGGACAGAUAGUUGAUAAAAUCAAUGAAUUUGGGCAAAGAAUUUAUCGAGAAUCGGAAGUUGCUGUGGAGAUUCUUGAUAGAGAGAAAUAUGGAGCCGAAGAGUUAGAAACAUCACAAGCGAUAGAUUCUCACGUGAAGUCUGAUGUUGUGGUGGAGACAUUUCCUUUGAGGCCCGUACUUCAGACAAUUCUCACCAUGGAUGAAAAAUCUGGUAACCUACACGAGACAGCUGGCACUUUGGAGAAGGGUGAGGAGAAGCUUCUAGAAUCGACAGUGGAAUCGAAUGGAGAGUACAAGAAUGAAAAAGUGGUGAUAAAUCUUCAACUCACGUCUCUGGAAUCUUUGAACGAUCAAUCGGGCUCUAAAGUUAAUGUGCUUAAUAUAGCUGACAAUGCAGAUCUCGAGUCCAAGAACUCCUUACCUGAUGGAACUAAGGCCAGCAGUUCUAAGGACUGUUUGAUUUCCGAGAACUCAAGUACACUUGGAAGGAAAUCGAGCGAUCAAGAAAAUAGCAAUUUGCCCAAAGGAAAAAAUCCCAUGUUGGAUAGAAUCAAUCUUGAAACCUGGGAAGGAACAUCGAGGAAAGCUACUCGACCUGAAAAUAAUCCACUUCUAGCAUUAGUAAAGGCGUUCAUCACUUCUUUCGUGAAGUUUUGGACUGAAUAAGGUUUUCUUCGUUUUCUCCGUUUAACAAAUCGUCUCAUCUUAGAAAACGGUUAGUCUUCUCAUCUCAUUUGAUGUUUUAUUCUGUUUUAUUUGUUCUGUUCAAGUUGUAGUUUGUAAUCCCUUAAUGUUUGCAUGUCUUCUGUGUGCUUGAGUUAUCGAGACAUUGAUUUUUCGAUCAUUUUUUUUAGAAUUGUUUUAAGUAUUCUUUGCUAUCUUUUUUGUCGAAGAAUACAAUUAAAAAUGUUUGUAUAAUAGUUCUUACUUCGUUCGAAAUUCAAAUUCUCUUUC